CAUGACAUACUCGGUGACUGGGGUGGAGAAUGCAAACUGUAUGAGUAUAUAAAUAUCCGUGGAAUUAACUGUUCUGGUUGCACCGCUUACACAAGAAUGGCUCUUAAUGGUGCUUGGUUCGUAAACAGUUUCAAAAGCAAAGAGAAAGAAUGCGAUUUUGAUGGAUCAGUAGGAGCAGUUAACAACGAAAAUAAUUUUGGACGGUAUCAUUCCGCAGCGAGUAAUAAGAAACACCGCUGCUCCUCUUCGAAUCUUUCCACAACGCAAUACUGGUUUGGGUUAAACAUGAAGAGGUUAUUCUAAAUUCCAAUAAUCUACUAAGACUAGAAUGAGUUAUGAGAAUUAGAUAAGAUUUUGUUUUUCUUUAAGGAUUCUGUCGUUCUUUGGUUGUGGU